UUGUCGAAAAGCACCAAAUAAAUCCUUCCACUUUUUUUUGUUGGCAAAAGAUAAAAACAUUUCCUCCUCCUUUUUCUUGUUUUUCCACCCCCAUUUUUGUGUUAUCCCCCUAUAUUUAGCUUUAAAAAAAAGAGAAAAUCAACUUUUGGCACUUCUCUUUAAAAACUAAAAAAUAUAUUUAAUUAUAGAGACUGUUGCUUUUUUUGAUAUUUAAUUUCGAAAAAAUGGUAAUAAAUAAUUCAAUUAAUCAUUCUCAAACAACAGAAAAUAAAAAAGACGAAAAGAAAAAUCCAUCGUGCCUCUUCUUUUACCGAAAACCUCUAGCCGUUAAUUUAGCGUGCCUUUGCUUUUUAUUAAUAUAUUCAGUAAUUGGUGGAUGUAUAUUUUUAUAUUUUGAAGAACCUAAUUGGAAAAUGGCAAAAAGGGAAGAAUUAAUUGAAAGGCUAAAAUGUGUUGAAAGAAAUUUAGAAUCAGAAAAAAUAGAAGUAGAAAAUGGGGGAGGAGGUGGAGGAGGGGAAGAAGAAACACAUUUAGCUGCUAAACUUAUUGCAAACAGAAUAGUAGCUGGUUGUGUAUUGUCUCAAGUUCGAGAUGAAAGAAUGGAAUGGAAUUUAAAGAAUGCUGCACUUUUUGGUUUUGGAAUUUUAACAACUUUGGGUUACGGAAAAAUAGAGCCGAGAACAACUCAGGGAAGGUUAUUUACUGUUUUUUAUGGUUUUCUUGGAGUUCCCUUUACUGUUAUUAUUUUUACAAAUUUUGGUCGUUAUUUACAAAAAUUUGAAAAAUAUUUAAGGAAACAAUUUUGGCGUAGAUGGAGGCGGCUAUUUAAUAAAAGAAAAACUUCACAACAAAUUAUUAGAAAAGAUAGUUUAAAUCCAAAAUCACCAAAUUUAUUAGAAAAUUGUAAUCUUCAAAUAGAUGAACAAAUUGAAGAAAUAAUUGAAGAAGAGGAGGAGGAAGAUGAUGAACAUACAUCUCCACUUACUUUAAUUUUUAUUGUUAUACUUUAUUUGUUUCUGGGAGCUAUUUUAAUUGAUUGGCUAGACGAACAAGUAGAUUUUCCUAAUGGGAUUUAUUUUGCUUUUCUUUGUUUAACGGCUAUAGAAUAUGGAAAAUUAAUACCUUCUGAAGUAAUUUAUUUACCUAUAGUAAUUGUUUAUAUUUGUUUUGGUUUGGCUAUAUCUACAAUUGCUUUAGAUAUUGGGUCUACUUAUGUCAAAAAACUUUAUUAUUUGGGUCGAAAAAUAAGAAAUAUUGCAAGUAUUAAAAUUUGGUUUGGUGCAAAACAUUUACGGGUCAGAGAAUUGUUGGUAGCUUUAGGACAAAAUAUCGGUUUAGAACCUGCUGUUUUGUGUGAUUUGGAUUUGGAAAAAUUAAUUUCGAAUGCUAUUCAAGUAAAGGAAGGAAGGCUUAAUAGAGUACCUCAAACACAUAUGAUUAUGGAUGGAAUUUGGCCACCAGAAUUAGUUCCUUUAUUUCUUAGAGACGGACAAUUCCCCGAAUGGGUAGAUGCAGAUGAAAGAAAUAAAAGAAAAUGGAGUGCCAUAAGCCUUUUACAAAUCCAAAAACGCCUUAGAAGCAGUUUACGUGGGGGAGGGGGAGGAGGGGAAAGAGGGGGUUCUUAUCGUUCAUCAACGGGACAACGUUCACAAUCAGAAAUCUCCAAUAGAAAAAGUUCUGCAAUAAAUAGGGGAAGUGCUAGAUCUACUUUACGAACAAUUAAUAGCAGUAGUCAUCAACCACCAGACACAACACCCCCACUACCCCCAGAAAGACUUUCUGUUCGAUUUGAGGAAUUUGUUCACUCUUACGAUGACGAAGAAGAAAAAUAUCCAGAAUCAUCACCUAUAAAUAAAUAUUUUUCAAAUCAACAUUUUAUGCGCAAAUCAGAAACUGUGCCUUCUACAAAUAAUCCCGAUAUUUCAUUGGCACGUUUGUGUACAUUUCCUUCGCUGGCCUUUCGUUACAGAGAACAACAAGAGAUUAAUAAUAAGAAACAAAAUUCUUUUAAAAAUAGAAAAAGAUCGAAUCAAAAAUAA